AUGAUUGACAGCGGGGAGGAGCCUGCGAUUGCUGGCCACUUCUUCCGCAUUCCCCGCAUCUCCGGCCGCAUUGUGGGCAUCUGGCCGCAAAGGAUCAGGGGCGGGGACGGGGACGGGGGCGGUCGUCCUUGGCACGCCCACCUGCUCUUCGUGUUCGCCUUGGUCGUGGUGCUGGUGGGGGCGGUGGGCGAGCUGAGCUACGGCUGUGUCCACCUGGACAACCUGGUGGUGGCUCUGGAGGCCUUCUGCCCCGGCACCACCAAGGCGGUCUGUGUUUUGAAGCUGUGGGUCUUCUUCCGCUCCAAUCGCCAGUGGGCGGAGCUGGUCCAUCGCCUAAGGACCAUGUUGUGGCAAUCGCGGCGGGCGGAGGGCCAGCGGAUGCUGGUCGGACUGGCCACCACGGCCAACAGAUUGAGCCUGUUGCUCCUCAGUUCCGGCACCAUGACCAACCUCGCCUUCAACCUGCAACCGCUGAUUAUGGGCUUUUAUCGGUGGAUGUUCGAGCUGUCGGGCCAAAUCGAGCUGCCAUUUAAUAUUAUCCUGCCUGCCUUUGCCGUCCAGCCAGGAGUGUUUCCUGCGACCUACGUGCUGCUGACCGCUUCCGGAGCUUGUACCGUGUUCGUCUUCAGCUUCGUGGACGGCUUCUUCCUGUGCUCCUGCCUCUACAUCUGCGGCGUUUUCCGGCUGGUGCAGCAGGACAUUCGCAGGAUAUUUGCCGAUUUGCAUGGCGAUUCAGUAGAUGUUUUCACGGAGGCCAUGAAUGCGGAAGUGAGGGACAGACUGGCCAAAGUCGUCGAGCGGCACAAUGCGAUUAUCGAUUUCUGCACGGACCUAACACGCCAGUUCACCGUUAUCGUUUUAAUGCAUUUCCUGUCCGCCGCUUUCGUCCUUUGCUCGACCAUCCUGGACAUCAUGUUGAACACGUCGUCGCUGAGCGGCUUAACCUACAUCUGCUAUAGCAUCGCGGCCCUAACGCAGCUAUUCCUCUACUGCUUCGGCGGCAAUCACGUUAGCGAAAGUAGUGCUGCUGUGGCGGACGUGCUGUACGACACUGAAUGGUACAAAUGCGAUGCGAGGACUAGGAAAGUGAUUUUAAUGAUAUUGCGGCGUUCGCAGCGGGCAAAAACAAUUGCGGUUCCGUUUUUUACGCCCUCACUGCCAGCUUUUGGUUCUAUACUCAGCACAGCCGGCUCAUAUAUCACGCUGCUGAAGACGUUUCUGUAA